UCAAUUUAUCUCCUCCAACCUAGCCAUGGCGGCUGCCGUAAUCAUCAUCAUGCCGCUUCUCGGCAUUAUGGGUUUCGUCCCAACCUUAAACGCCGCCGCCGACAAGGCAACCUCCAUGAACGUCAUAGACUCCUGCUGGCGCGCCAAGUCGAACUGGGCGUCCAACCGCCGCGCAUUGGCCGACUGCGGCGUCGGGUUCGGGAAAGACGCCGUCGGCGGGAAGUAUGGCAACACGUACGUGGUGACCGAUCCGUCGGACAACCCCGGGAACCCCAAGCCCGGCACGCUUAGGUACGGCGCUAUUCAAUCGGCGCCGCUGUGGAUUAUGUUUGCUAAGGAUAUGGUUAUUACGCUGAAGAAUGAGCUUAUGGUGAAUAGCCAUAAGACCAUUGACGGGAGAGGGGCGACGGUGGAGAUCGCUAAUGGGCCUUGCAUCACCAUCCAAGGCGUCACCAAUAUAAUCAUACAUGGAAUUAGCAUGCACGAUUGUAAGCCCGGGAAGUCCGGCACCGUGAGGGAUACUCCCACGCAUGCCGGCCGCCGUCGCGGCUCCGACGGCGACGCCAUUUCCAUCUUUAGUGCCUCUAACAUUUGGAUUGAUCAUUGCUACCUUGCACGUGCCGCCGAUGGCCUCAUUGACGUCAUUCAUGGCUCCACGGCCAUCACCAUUUCUAACAACUAUUUCACUCAACACGACAAAGUUAUGUUGUUUGGGCAUAAUGAUAACAACGUAGAAGACAAAGCUAUGAAAGUGACAGUGGCGUUCAAUCAUUUUGGCCCCGGUUUAAUUGAAAGAAUGCCUAGGGUGAGACUAGGUUAUGCUCAUGUUGCUAACAAUAGAUACACUGGAUGGUUGAUGUAUGCAAUUGGUGGGAGUGCAAACCCUACCAUUUUUAGUGAAGGGAAUUACUUUAUGGCACCUAAUAAAUCCGAAUCGAAGCAAGUUACAAAGAGGGAGGUAAAGAAAGGGUGGUCGAACUGGAAAUGGAGGUCGUCCAAGGAUAAAUUUCUAAAUGGGGCAUACUUCGUACCUUCCGGAUAUGGAAGCUGCGCGCCGUACUACACGAAAUCUCAGUCGUUUCCGGUGGCCGACGGGUCGAGGGUUCCGGCGCUCACGGCGGACGCAGGGCCGCUGAGAUGCUCUUACUCCUCCUCCAAAUGUUGAAAAUUUGUGACAAUAUAUUUAAUUUGUGUGUUUUUAAUUAAUUAAUUAAUUUGUCCCACACCACUACACCAUGUACCAUUCAUGCAUGAAAAUGUUUAAUUUAUUAAAAUAUUGGGAAUGAGUGGAGUUUGACACCAGUUUUUUUUAAAAGGUGAUUGAGCUACGCAUGCACUAAUCAUGCUUGUCUUGAACUUUAGGGUUUUUAAGCUUUCUAUCCUUCAUUCGUAACAAUGUUAGAUACUAAAAAAGUAAGAGAUGUAACUUAUGAUGUAAUUUGGAAAAGAAAUAUUGACGGGCGUAAUAAA